AGACACACAAGACAUGAAGCAACGAAGCAAAUAAGAGCGACAGAUCUGGUCUGUGAGAAAGAGGCAAGAGGUCGAGAUCAGAUUAAAGAUGAAUGUCCCUAACCUAACCCUACCGAUUUCCCACAUCACCAUCAACAUUGUGGAAAUGAACUGGCAAGAACAACGGAAUUUCAUGUUUAUUCAGUCUUCCGCUUUCAUCAACAAUGUACAACAACCGAAUUUCAUGCCCACUUAUCUUACCGCCAUUCUCGCCCUUGUUGCUUUCUUUGUUCCUGCGCUCCUUGACCUCAUUGAUUUGAAGUUCCAGAAAGAGGCCAACUCAGUAUUUGAAGCCCACCCUAUCACCACCAUGAUGGCCUUUGCUACCUUACUAGCAUUUGUCUUGGCAUUCGGAAUCGACUUCACCUUCCAUUCUUCUCACUUCUCUCCUAUUUGUGCUGCUCUCCUCCGCACUGCCAUGAUGUUUUCUGGUUCCCUCUUAUUGGCUUCAUUGGCAUCACUAUUGUUGCCUGAUGCAUUGCGGCCCUUUCUAUAUGUCUUCUACACUUUCCUCUCUCUUGCCAACAUGCAUGACCUACUCCGGAAAUGCUCUCUCUGGAUUCACCUUAAGAUCAUGGACAACCUUGAUACAGUAUUAACAGCUAUGCGACAGUGGCACAUGAGAAGAAGGGUUUUUGUUGCAGACUCAAAACAGCUAGGGAUAAGGCUUUCUGACGAUUACUAGUGCAAGGGGUUCUUCAUCAGGGAGGAAGAAGAGUGGCAGAGCCCUCCUUUUGUGGGUUUGAUUUGCUUAAUUAAGGAACGUCUUACAAAAGGAACACAACUGGGGAGGAUAUAUGCGUUUUUGGGAGAGGAAGGAGAGCUUGAAGACGAGCAAAUCUUGCUUGGGAGGAGACUCUCCAGGUAUGAUCACUGUGAGCUGCGUAUUUUCUCAUUUUCACACCAUUCUGCUUGAUGUUUCUACAGAUUUUUGGAUUGCUCAUAUGCUUAUUGCUGCUAGCCUUUCAUGCUAUUUCUUUAGUUUGUUUUGAGAUUGAUGAGACUAUGCUGUUUCCUGCUCUGUUUCAUAUUUGUUAAGAGAGAGAGAGAAGAAAACCUUGAUUCUCAUUCAUGUAGUGUCUACUUACA